GGAGGCGAGGAGGAGGCGGCACCGCCUCCCCGUGGCGGGAGGGUGCGGCGGCGGGCGUGCGGCGAUGCGGCUCCCUGGCGGGACGCAGCCUGCCCGCUUCUUCCUCGCGCUCUGCGUCUGGAGGCUCGUGCCGCGCCGCGACGCCGCAGGAACAGAGGAGGUUGUCUUUGGGAAGGUUGGAGGAACUAUCCUCCUUUUGUGCCGAAAUGUCUCCAAAGAAGCAACCGAGGUGGUCUGGUUUCAAGGGGAUCCGCGCUCUUUCCCCCCACUCUUCUCCUCAAGGGUCACCUUCCCUCCAGACACCCGUUUCUCCCUGGUUGACAACAGCUCUCUGCGCAUCACGGGGCUGCGUGCGCAGGAUGAAGGCAACUACACUUGCAAGGAAGUGCUGAACAAGACGGACCAUGAGCACAGGGUCAGGCUCUUGGUAGCCAAUCCACCGCACUCAUCCCCAAAGUGCUGGGCUGAGAGUUCUUCGUCGGGGUUGAUGCUGCAGCUGUUCUGCAGCUGGCCGGGGGGGUACCCCCACCCCACCCUGCGCUGGAGAGAAGAGGGGCACGAUCUGGAGAACUCCAGCUGGGUCAUCAGCUCCACGAGCUCCUCGGACACACACGUGGAAACACUGAACAGCUCCCACCUCUCCCACCGCAAAGUGUUUAAGUGCGUCGGGAGCCACGUCGUCGAGGAGGAGGAACCUUCGUGCACUGUGGAGAUAAAACUCCCUUCACUGGAAUCAGAGCCCCCCAAGACCUGUCUUGUGGGUGACAAUGUGACCCUGACAUGCCGUGUGACCGAGGGCACCCCAGCAGCGCAGCUCACCUGGCUGCGGGGCAUCUCCCAGCCGGAGGUGGAGAUCCAACCUGGAGGGAGAUACCUCAUUGUCCAGGAGGGCAAAGCGUCACGGCUCACCAUCCGCAACUGCUCCCAGGACACCGAUGGGGGCUGUUACGUCUGCAAAGCACAGAACCCCGUGGGGCUGAGGGAGUUGUUUGUCUGCCUGACGGUAAAACAGCCAGUGAACAUUAUUGGGGUCGUGGGUGCUGUGGUGGUCCUGUCCCUGCUGGUUAUUCUCACCGUCACUGGAGUCGUCUUGUACUACAAUCCCCUCCUGUGCCUGAGAGGUGCUGCAUUCAGGAAUCAAGACUUGGGAGAUAUCUUAGUGCUGGUGGACUCAGAAGAUGAUGACGAGGGGAAGGGGGAAGAGGAGAGCUUGAGCAGCUCCACCAAGGAGGAAGCAAUGGCAUUGGUCAAUGGGAGCAGCAUCCAGGCUGCCUACCUCAACUGCCUUACAGAAGGUGAUGAUGACGAGCAGCAUGGCGGGGUCUCUCCGCUGCAAUCAAGGAGAGAAGAGACACCAUGCACAUAGCUUCCAUCCCUUCCUGCAGAAACACAAUCCUUCCUUCAGCUGGAUGCCCAGUGUCACGCACGCCCUUGUCGCCGUGGGGCUGAGCGCAGGCCAUCGGUGUCCUGCAGCAGGCUGGUUCCGUCAGCAUCUCCACUUCUUUCUCCACUCGUCCCUUCCCCAGCUUUCACUCCAUCCUUCCGCAGCCAUGUUUCUCUUUCCUCUCUUCGUGUUCCUCUGUCUCAGGUGUCCUUUUAAACAACGUGCUGCCCAGCGCAGGCAGAGCUUGGGAAGGGGGUCCCAGUAUCCCGCUCAUCUCGACACCUGUGAGGGACUCAAAUGCCAGCACAGAAUUCCGUCUGAGUCGCCACGAGCAGUGCUGGGGCUACAGGGACGGGGAUGGAGAAAGUCACCAUGCGGCUGCAGGAUUCCCAGGAAAACAAAGGGAACCACUGGUGCAUGGGCAGGACGUGGGUGAUGCUGACUUGAGGGAAGCUGCAUAAUGGUUUUCUUUGUCAUAAAUAUUCUUU